CAUGCCCCAAUGUGAUUUUUGAGAGCGGGAACAGGGAAGGCAAGUGGGGGAGAGCCAAGUGGACUGACUUGUCUGUGAUACUGUGAGAACAUCUCUUUGUGCACAGUGUAGCCACUUUAACAAUGCGUUAUAACCAGUUACGAAUCAAAGUAACUCUGGAUAUAACAUUAGGUUUUGCGCGAUAGAAGCAGGAACUAAGCAAGCUAGCGAGUAUCUGCCAGAGCCCGUCUCAGAAACACUCCUGGAACAUGGCUAAAUCCCCAGUGGAAUACACCAUCGGAGGGGUGAAGAUCCACUUCCCCUGUAAGGCGUACCCAUCCCAGCUGGCCAUGAUGAAUUCAAUUGUACGAGGCCUGAACUAUGGGCAGCACUGUUUGUUGGAGAGUCCUACAGGAAGCGGAAAAAGUUUGGCCUUGCUCUGCUCUGCUCUGGGCUGGCAGCAGGCUCAGUUCGCUAAACUACAGGACAGAGGAAGCCCAGUGGAGGACAAGAGCGACUCAGAUAAAAACUGUGAGGCCUGUAAGAAGCCAGACGUCACCACCCUCUGCCAGUGUGUUUGCCACAGCAAAGCCAGAAUUUUGUUGGCUACAACAGCAGUCAAAACUACUGUUGUGGACCGCACAGUGCAGCAGCCACCUCCAGCACCUGGACAUGUGCUCUUACAAGAGGAGCCACAGUCCAAAAAACGUUCCAUAGCCUCCCAACUGUCUGAGAAGUUCCAGUCCUCUCUCAGCUCUGACUGCAACAAAGAUGACGACUUUCAGCCAGACAGGAAACACAUUCGCCCUGCUGAGCACAAGAGCCGGAAAAGAAAGCGUCUGGAGCAGGGAGUGAUAUUCAUAGAUGAUGAGCCGGAGCAAGAAAACAAGCCCUCGUGUCAAAGUUGGGCCACAGAGCUAAACAGCCCCGUGGCCAGUUUGUCCUCUUCAUGCAGUGCCCCAGAACCCUGCUCCAAGUGCCCAUGUGCUUCAGCCCAAGAGCAUAUGAAGGACAAGGACAAAGACGGCAAAAACAAGAUUCCUAAGAUCUUCUUUGGCACUCGCACACAUAAACAGAUAACUCAGAUUGCCCAUGAGCUUAAACGCACCGUUUACUCCAAUGUGCCAAUGACCAUCUUAUCCAGCAGAGAUCACACCUGCGUCCACCCGGAAGUGGCUCCUCAUUCCAACCGGAAUGAACGCUGCAAGGACCUGCUCGAGGCCAAGGAUGGUAAGUCAUGCCGCUACUACCAUGGUGUCCAGAGGAUGCGGGACCAGUACACACUACAGCAGGUCCAUGGACUACAUGAAGCCUGGGACAUCGAGGACCUGGUUAUACUUGGCAAACGACUCCGCUCAUGCUCUUACUAUGCUGCCCGUGAACUAAGGCAGGGUGCCUCCAUCAUCUUCUGCCCAUAUAACUACCUGCUAGACCCAAUGAUCAGAGAAAGUAUGGAGAUCGACCUGACAGACCAGAUCUUGGUCCUGGAUGAAGCCCACAACAUUGAGGACUGUGCAAGAGAGAGUGCCAGCUUCUCGUUAGACCACAACAGUCUGUUGAUUUCCAGGGAUGAGCUGGACGGCAUGGUCAAGAGCAACAUCAGAUCUUCCAAACAUGAGCCACUCAGAGACUUCUGCUACAGCCUGAUCAACUGGAUCAAAGAGAGCCAAAGCCUGAUGUGUGACAGAGGAUACGAGACUGCAAGUAAAGUCUGGAAUGGGAAGGAAAUACUGGGGAUCUUUCAUAGCCUGGGCAUCACUGCGGGUACCUUUUCCAUUCUGAAGCAAAACCUGGCAGCAGUGCUGGAGAAGGAGGAGCGUGUUGGUGUAUUUAAUGGUAAAGAGGACAUGUUGCAGAUCCCAACCAUCAGCUCAGCUACCUCCACUGUCCUCAAAAACCUCUUCAUGGUUCUGGAUUUCCUCCUGAGGGACAACGGCAGGUCUGCUGAAGACUACCGGGUAGCUCUGCAGAGGAGCUACGCUUGGACCAACAAGGUCCCAGCUGAUGUCCCUGAUGCCCAGGGAUUUUUUGUGCGGCCACGCCCCAGACAGCGCCAGAGCGUCCGAGUCAAGAAAGAAGUCUUGACACUCAGCUUCUGGUGCCUUAACCCAGCUGUGGCGUUCUCUGAUUUAAGUGGGUCGGUACGCAGCAUUGUGCUGACAUCAGGUACCCUGUCACCCAUGGGCUCCUUCUCCUCUGAACUAGGGGUGAAAUUCUCCAUCCAGCUAGAGGCCAAUCAUGUCAUCAAGAAGUCCCAGGUUUGGGUGGGCACUGUGGGUGCAGGACCCAAAGGAAGAAAACUCUGUGCCACCUUCCAACAUGCUGAAACGUUUGCCUUCCAGGACGAGGUGGGUGCCCUGCUGCUCCAUGUUUGCCAGGUCAUGGCCAAGGGUGUCCUGUGCUUUUUGCCUUCAUACAAGAUGCUGGACAAGCUGCGGGACCGGUGGACCAACACUGGUCUCUGGGAGAAGCUAGAACUGCAGAAAACUUUGAUCACUGAGCCCCGUGGUGGUGGCAAGGGGGAUUUUGACGAGCUCCUCCAGACUUACUACAAUGCCAUCAAAUACUGCGAGGAAAGAGAUGGUGCAUUGCUGAUUGCUGUAUGUAGGGGUAAAGUGAGCGAAGGACUUGACUUCACAGACGACAAUGCCAGGGCAGUGGUCACCAUCGGAAUUCCCUUCCCCAACAUCAAAGACCUCCAAGUUGAACUGAAGAUGAAGUACAAUGACCAGCACUGCAAGUCCAGAGGUCUCCUCCCAGGCCAUCGCUGGUAUGAGAUCCAGGCCUACAGAGCUCUAAACCAGGCCCUGGGGAGGUGUAUCCGCCACAGGAAUGACUGGGGAGCUCUUAUUCUGGUGGACGACCGUUACAGGAAUAAUCCCAAUAAAUACAUCACAGGUCUGUCUAAAUGGGUUCGCCAGCUCGUCCAGCAUCACGACACCUUCAGCGAUGCUAUGCAGUCUCUGGUAGCCUUUUCUCAGGUGCAGCAGACAGUGGAGGCGGCCCCUGCUGACAGCCAGACAUCAUGCUCGACGGCCUCACCUCCAACCGCUCACUCCCCAGCUACUGUAGAGGAACAGGGCCUGCUCACAGACGCACAACCUCAGACACCUCGCUCAUUUGCCAAACUGCCUGAACCCCAGCAGUGCGCAAGGCCCCUCACCUUCCAACCUUUACCUUGUACACAGUUGAAAACUGAACAAAAUGAAAAAGCAGAAUUGCUGAAUAAGAUGCCUGGUUUCCCGGGAGAGUCUCAAUCACCAAAAAGAAAAAGAACGGCUCAGUCUCUGUACAACAUUUUCACCUCCAGCCCCAUCAGUACCCACUUCAAGAGGGCAAUCUUUAAAGAAAAGGCGCCCAGUGAACCCAGCCUGCACUUUGAGCCACCUAAUCAUACUGAGCACAGGUGGAACCAGCAGAUCUCCUCUCCACAGAAGAGGGCCGUGGUGCCUUCAUGUCUUAAACAAGGAUCUGCAGAUGCAUCUAGUGAAAUCAAAGUAGAACCGCACAGUUUGUGCCUGGGGCCGUCUACAGAUACAGUCCCUCCCAGCUGUGAAAGUGAAGCACCCUUAGCAGACAACCCAGAUGAAGAUGAAACAGAUGAGGACCAUACCAUCUUCUUUACUCCGGAACUUUUCGAGGUUGAAGGAGAAGAAGGCAGUUUACAGAAGGAGACGGUGGCAGGGUCAACUGCCAGAGGGGUUUUAGGGCCAGAGAGCUCUGCCCUGCUGUCAAAAGAACUUUUAAGCUCUGAGCAGGCCCAGGGGCAAGGGCAAGGUGAAGCCUCUGCUUUUGAUGGACAGGGUACUAUUUCCGUCAGAAAGGAGAGCACAGAACUGUCACAGGGAUGUAAGGACGGUAUCAGAGGACAGAAACAAGGUGAUGAUGGAGAGCAGGUGGAUAACCAGAGCAGGCAGAUAGACAGUAGGCUCCGCAGGCUGUCUAGGUCCAGACACAAACUCCCUGCUACUCAAACAGCAGCACGAAGAUCUGAGGAAGAGGAAUGACUAACCGGCACAAAACCCAGAUCACAUCAUUGACAAGUCCAAGAAGGAAACAAGGACACAGUAGGAACAGAGACGGCAAAAUGUACAAAAGUGAGCGAAUGGGAUGCCUGGAGGAUGAAGAUCUGGAAUGAGGAACUGACAGCCUGGAAAGGGGCCCAUCCAAGGGCGACCAGUGGUCCAGCGCACAGCCUGAGUGAGAAGAGACAACAGGCAGAGGGAAAGGGGCCGCACAGACUUGACAGACAAUAACAAACAGAUUCAGUGACUUUAGAAGGUUUACUGGGACUGGAUGUUCUUUUCUCUACACAAUGUAAAUGCACACGCAGAAAUAGUUUUCUGGUGUUCGCUAAUAUGACAAGAAACCCUAUUGUCGUGAAGGUUAUAACGUUCAGUUUUUAAUGUAACUGUUCUGGAGGUGUUGAUAUAAAUUAGACAAAAACAUUUCAAACGCCAUACAAUCCAACGGCAUAUAUAUGUAUGUAUAUAUAUAUAUAUAUUAUACCUUGUGUUGUAUUAUGAUUUAUUAUAAACUCUUUAUACAUCUAUACUACUCUAGUGACAUUCACACAACCUCACUUAAAAUACUUUAAAAUUCGCUGACACUUUGCUUCACACUUCUUUUGUUCUCUAUCUGUGUAGGAAACUGAUGUGAUUUGUUUCAUUACGGCGCAAACUUCACUAGUGUGUGAUUUGCGUCUACAAACAGAGUAGACAAGUGUUCCUUUAAAGCCUUUCUUUACUCCCCAUGACCUUUAUAUAUGUAUGUAAUCAUGCAUGACUACUCGUUAACAUCAUCAAAACAGAGCGUGGAGAGGCCAGCGAAUGUGUGUUAAAAGCACUUAAUAGGGAGCCCACGCUACUGAAAGACCCAGUAAUGGCAGCAUUUUUCCCCUUCAGACUAAUUCAGGCUUUUCCCAGCCGCAAAUUAUUAAAGCUACACUAAGAAAGAAAUUUUACUUAGAAAAAACAGCAGACCAAAGAUCCCAAAGUGAAAAUUCAACAG